AUGGAUGAAGAGAAAAUCGUAUUGAUCGGUAAUGAAUCAGAUCUUCUCCAUGCCGGCUACAAUUUCGCCAUUAAACACGAUGGAAAACGAUAUCCCAGCGCGAUUCACUUCACACACCACCAAAUUCUAGAUCAAUUGAAAAUCCCGGAUUCAGCAAUUGAAGAGCUGCUAUGUACGAAUAGUUGUGAUGUUCAGCAGCGUGCAAUGGUGAUUUUACAAGAGAAUAUGCCAGAAGGACACGAUUUGAAUUCGCUGGGACCGUAUUUGACGACCAGUCUUCAUUCAUAUUCCCUGCAAGGACUUAGGCUAAGAGCUGAACACGAUAAAGAGUUCGAAAAAACGCUGAUGCGCACCAACGAGGCUCUUCUGAUAGUGUGCGACGAGAAAAAUCCAAUUCUGGGCAUCGGAAUGGACGAUAAGACGUUUAUGGAGUGGAUGGCCAAAGAGAAGGCAGAUUCCAGGCAGAUUGCCUAUUGGAUGAAGCAUGAGCACAUGAGACCGUCGGAUUUGGGUCAGAAUAUGCUGGGACGAUAUCUGAUGUGGCUGAGGUAUGAAACCAUUGAAAAACGAAAGCAAAGCCUGCUGGCAAGGCCUACAGUUCAAGUGGAGGGGUUAUCAACGGAUAAGGAAGAUAAGGCGUUUGUGAUGAAUGUCAAUGAUUUGGUUAUCAGUUUGGAGGGAAUAUUCCACCCGCUCUCCAACUACUACGCCUCGCCAUUCGAGAUGAAAGGAGAACGGUAUCGUUCAGUGGAACACUAUGCCUAUGAGAAGUUCUUCAAUUCGCUGAAACUCGACGAUAAAGCGAUAGAGAAGAUUCAAACGACGCCUGUGCCUUUAAAUGUGCCAAUUGUCGCUCAAAAAGUGCUCAGGAACUCAGAUAUAAAUCAGGAUACCAUAGCGGAGAAGGGCACGAAGAUGGAUAGAUGGCGUCAAUCGGCAAUGAAGCAUAAAAUCUAUCAUAAUGAAUACCUUCAACAGCUUCUUUUGUCAACUGGAAGUGCUAUUCUUGUGGAUUGCUCAGUUGGAGAUCCUCUGUGGACGUGUGCUGCUUCGGAGUCAGAAUUACAACAUCUCCUUACGAAGACGUAUGUUACACCACAGAAGUUGGUUGGAUGGAUGGUUGAUGAGGAGCAGAAGGACACUCCGAAAAGUCUGAUGCAUUUGUAUGGAAAUAAAAGUGGAUUACUGCUGAUGGAGCUGAGAGAACGACUGGCUGUUCAUACGUCGAGCAGGAUACCAUUGGUAAGGGUUUUUGGGGGGUUUUGGGUCCGAAAUUCCCUCAAAAUCAAUGCCCAGCUUCAGCUCUCCGCGAUCAACACUGCUCCAUUGAAGUCGAUAGUGACGUCGAACGUCAUUUGUUUCACUCCAGAAUCCGUUUUUCAUCCGUUGUAUCCUGCAGAAAUCCGAUGCUCUCAGGAUGGACCCCCAAUGAAGUCGCCAGCUCAUUAUGUGGCUACGCAGGCGGUGAAACUUCUAAGCAUCAAUAAAGAGGAUUCUGACUACAUCCUCGAGGAGACGUCUUCCAUCCAAUGCUGGCAACGCCUUCACGAGACCAUCGAGCUUCGAGGACGUGGUUUGGAGCUGGAACAGACGUGGUGGAUGGAUAAACGAAUGCAGUUCAUCAAGGAAUCCCUUCAACUCCUCCUGGAUCAACAUCCGGCUCUGCUGAGAGCUCUUUUGGAUACUGGAGACUCUUUGCUAGUGUAUUGCUCGAGAUUUUCGUCGAUGGAUGCUGAAUUGAGUAUUGGAAUGAGGGAAAUGGACCUAAGGUGGUGGAUGCAGGAGGUUGGAAUGACCACCAAGACGCUCAUCGACAUGUGCUCCCACCCGAUGGCCUUCCGACCACCGUACCUAGGCGGCAACCGUCUUGGAUUGAUUCUAAUGGAACUUCGACGUGAAUUCGUUCUCCAAGGCGUCUUCCCCCAACAACUUCCCGAACUUCAACUCACCGCCGACUCCAUCCUGGGAACCAAUUCGCCGAUGGAGAAUUUUAUGACUUCGGAGCAUUUUGAUAUGCUACAGCAGUGGAAUUAUCGAGCACUUUGGAUUAACCCACUAUUCCUUCUGGCAAAAGACAAUUAUCCUGAAGCGAUGUCCCAAUGCACACGAAUCAAAACCGCCCCUCGAAUGGUGACGAUUGACGAUGAGAAAGUGUCGGACUUGGUGGAUAAUUUGGUGAAAGAGGAGACACACACGGAGACACUGAAAGCCAUUGCAGCCGAGGAUCUACGGGCGGUCUUCAUGAAGUUGUGUGCGAGAUUGAGGGGGAAAAUUGAGAAUAUGGAUAGGCAGUCGAUGGAUAUUGCCAUGGCUGCCAUGGAGACCCAUCGCCUCCAAUCGAUCCGCCGAAGUCUCGCCGACACCAACGACAGAGAAGACGGUGGACCAUCAUCAUCAGGCCCCUCGAUUUCCGCUCCUCCAAUGACGACGUCCGCCUCCAGAAUCCCUCACUCGUCGUCUGGAUUCAGAAUGGCAGCUGGAAGAGAAAGAGACAGAGAAAGAGAACGUGAUGAUGAGAGAGAUAGAGAAAGAGACAGAGCUGGAGCAUCAUCAUCGUCGUCAGCUCAACCAGCUAAAAAGGAGCGAAUGGAGUAUAAAAUACCAACGACGUCGAGACGAAAAUUCGGAAGAGAUCGCGAGAAGCCGACGUCAUCGGCAGUGUCGUCGUCGUCGGAUCGGGGGAGACCGGACUCCAUCAAAAAGCGUCCUCACACCUCGCCACCGUCAUCCCGAAAAUCAGCUCCAUCUCCGAAACGAACGGCUCCAACAACUCCUGCUGCUCCUGUGGCUCCAGCUGCUGCUCCCAAACCAAAGAGAAAUCCAGACGAAGAGUUGUCCGACGGAGAGAUAUUGUCUACGGAUGAGGAGGAUAAUUAA